AGAUCAAGAAACUAUGUUUCAGAAUCUGAAGUGUGCAAACUGGAGUCCAUACCCUUGGAUUUUGGCGAUUACCAUCCACUAAAGCCUAUUACAGUUACUGAAUCCAAGACCAAGAAAAUGAACCGGAAAGGAAGCACUUCUUCUACAUCCUCCUCCUCUUCCAGUUCUAUGCUGGAUCCCUUGAGCAGUGUACUGGAUGGUACCGAUCCCUUGUCAUUGUUUGCAGCAGCUGCAGAUCCUGUGACUACUACUGCGACCAUGGAUAGCACACGAAAGAAAUGGGAUAAAGAUGACAGCUCAGCAGUAGGAAGUGACUUUGAACCAUGGUCAAGCAAACGUGGUGAAAUCCUUGCUAGAUACACGACAACAGAGAAACUCUCUAUUAAUCUGUACAUGGGAUCUGAAAAAGGAAAAGCUACAACUACUGGCUCAGCAGUUUCUGAAAAAGUGAGGACAAGGUUAGAAGAACUGGAUGAUCUGGAAGAGGGCUCACAGAAAGAGCUGUUGAAUUUGACGCAGCAGGAUUACAUGAACCGAAUUGAAGAACUGAACCAGUCUUUAAAGGAUGCUUGGUCAUCUGAUCAGAAAGUAAAAGCUCUGAAAAUAGUCAUCCAGUGUUCAAAGCUUCUUUCAGACACGACAGUAAUCCAGUUCUAUCCAAGUAAAUUUGUUUUAAUUACAGAUAUCCUUGAUACUUUUGGGAAACUGGUGUAUGAAAGGAUCCUGUCAAUGUGCAUGGACAACCGUGUCUCCUUGCCAGAUAAUUUUUCUCCAGAGAGCGUGAAUGACACAGCCAAAGAAACUUGCUUAAACUGGUUUUUCAAGAUUGCUUCCAUCAGAGAACUCAUUCCCAGAUUUUACGUGGAAGCAGCAAUACUGAAGUGCAAUAAGUUCCUGUCAAAAAUGGGGAUUUCGGAAUGUCUCCCACGGUUAACAUCUAUGAUUAGAGGAAUUGGAGAUCCACUGGUUGCAGUCUAUGCAAGAGCAUACCUUUGCAGGGUUGGAAUGGAAGUGGCACCACAACUCAAAGAAAGCCUUAACGAAAAUUUCUUUGACUUUCUGCUAACAUUUAAGCAAAUUCAUGGGGACACAGUUCAGAAUCAGCUGGUAGUGCAAUGUGUGGAGAUUCCUUUGUAUUUGACUCUAUAUUCUCCUGCUAUAGACUGGAUUUUACAGUGCAUUGCAUAUCGUGCUCCUGAGGUUCUGCUUACUGAGAUGAUGGAGAGAUGCAAAAAUUUGGGGAACAAUGCUUUGCUGUUGAAUUCAAUAAUGUCAGCAUUCAGAGCAGAGUUUAUUGCUGCAAGAUCUAUGGACUUCAUUGGCAUGAUUAAAGAGUGUGAUGAAUCUGGAUUCCCAAAGCAUCUCCUCUUUCGCUCCUUGGGAUUAAACUUGGCAUUGGCUGAUCCUCCUGAAAAUGAUCGCCUUCAAAUAUUAAAUGAAGCCUGGAAGGUUAUAACAAAGCUGAAGAACCCACAGGAUUAUAUCAACUGUGCUGAAGUGUGGGUGGAAUACACAUGCAGGCAUUUUACGAAGCGGGAGGUCAACACAGUUUUGGCUGAUGUUAUCAAACACAUGACUCCUGAUCGAGCAUUUGAAGAUGCUUACCCCCAGCUGCAGUCAAUUAUUCAGAAAGUUAUUACCUAUAUCUAUGACUUCUCUUUGCUUUUUUCGGUGGAGAAAUUCUUGCCAUUUCUGGAUAUGUUCCAGAAAGAAAGCGUGAGAGUGGAAGUUUGCAAGUGCAUUAUGGAAUCUUUCAUUAAGCAUCAGCAGCAAUCUACAAAGGAUCCAGUUAUCCUCAAUGCUCUUCUGCAUAUCUGCAAGACGAUGCAUGAUUCUGUGAAUGCACUAACGCUUGAGGAUGAGAAAAGAAUGUUAGCAGCUUUGAUAAAUGGAUUCAUAAAAAUGGUUUCAUUUGGCCGUGACUUUGAACAACAGCUGAGUUUCUAUGUUGAAGCCAGGUCAAUGUUUUGCAAUCUGGAGCCUGUUUUAGUCCAGUUGAUUCAUUCUGUGAACCAGCUAGCAAUGGAAACAAGAAAGGUGAUGAAGGGAAAUCAUUCCAGAAAGACUGCUGCGUUUGUCAGGGCUUGUGUUGCCUUCUGCUUCAUUACAAUUCCAUCUCUGAGUGGUAUCUUCACACGCCUUAAUCUGUAUCUACACUCUGGACAGGUUGCUCUGGCAAAUCAGUGCCUUUCACAAGCUGAUGCUUUUUUCAAAGCUGCAGUGAGCCUUGUUCCUGAAGUGCCCAAAAUGAUCAAUGUCGAUGGAAAGAUGCGACCUUCUGAUGCCUUCCUCCUGGAAUUCCUUUGUAAUUUUUUUUCCACAUUAUUAGUUGUUCCGGACCAUCCAGAACAAGGAGUGUUGUUUCUCGUGCGAGGAUUACUAAAUGUGAUCCAGGAUUACACUUGGGAGGAUAACAGUGAUGACAAAGUCAGGAUUUAUACUAAUGUUUUGCAUCUGCUGUCUGCGAUGACUCAGGAAGCAUAUAUCUACCAUGUAGAUAAAGUUGAUUCUAAUGAUACCCUAUAUGGUGGAGACUCUAAGUUCCUGGCUGAAAUUAAUAAACUGUGUGAAACAGUGAUAGCACAGAUCCUGGAUCAUCUGAAAACCCUUGGAAAAGAAGAGACCCUAAAGCGACAGAGCCACCUGGCACUCUAUUUCUUUAACACUAUUCUAGCUCAUGGGGAUCUACGAAACAACAAACUAAACCAGCUUUCAGUCAAUCUCUGGAAUCUUGCUCAGAAGCAUGGCUUUGCUGACACCAGUACAAUGGUGACAACACUAGAAUACAUCAAGAAGCAAAGCAAACAACCUGAAAUGAGUCACUUCACGGACUUGGCCCUUCGGCUUCCUCUGCAGUCCAGGACCUGA